ACAUAGAUUACUAAGUACUUAUUAGUUAUUUACUAUAAUAUAGUAAUCAUAACCUUCGAGAAAUGUGAAUAUGAUAUUCUUUAAAAUUUUAAACAAUAGUCAUUAUAUCUGAUUUAUAAGGAAUAUUUCAGAAAUAUAUAUUUUUAUUACUACAUCACAAUACCACUGUAAACAAUGAACAAAUUGCGUAAUUUAUUAAGUGCAAGACGCGUAUUGGAAUGCCGAUCAAUCGCAACCAGGAUCACUGCUGAUGGCAAAGAUAUACCAAAGAAAAAGGUUUUUGAAAACAGAAUAACCUUGAUUGGUAGCGACAAUUCUAUAACGAUUACCGACCUUAAAAGUGCUCAAAGUUUAUCAACUAGGCGUGAAUUAAAACUAGUAAAAAUCCAGGAUGAAGAUUCUAAAACGAGAAGGCCUGUUUACAAACUGAUGACAAACUCAGAGUACCAUGAAGAAGAAUUAUCUGCUAGAAUUGAAAAGAAGGCAGCUAAGGAAAAUAAACUAAUCAAGGGAAAUAAGUUAAUAACACUUUCAUCGCGAAUAGCCGAGCAUGAUGUGAUGACAAACUUAAAGAAGAUGAUGAAGCUCUUGGAAAAGAACUAUGAAGUCAGGGUUGUUGUGUCUGGUGAUGAGAGUCAGCCGGAUAAAGCUGAAAGAAUAUACUCGAUUAUUGAGAAGAAUUUAAAAUCUAUUGGGAAUAUUGUACAAAAGAGGAACAAAGGUAAUAACUUAAGAUUCCAAGUUCUUCCACUUAGGGACAACAGCAAUCAAUCAAAGAAAGACUCCAACUCGGGUGAAAGCAAUGACCAAAAAGGUCCACUAUGACUAGCAAUGUUCUUGGUUGUUAUUGUAAUAGGAAAAUAUAUAGUACUAAGUAAAUAUUACUCGAAAAAAUAUGAAAAAACAGUAAAGAGUGAUAUAAAGUAAUAUUGUUUGUAAAGUAUUUAGUUCAUAAGUUGUUGUUGUAUUAUUCAAUCAUUUAAUAAAUUGUUUUUUAAAACAUAA